UUGGUCGCGGUUGGUGUUCUCCUGAAUCAAUUUUAUUUGGGCUGCCUGUGUAUUUACUAUUCGAGUCUAACGCUCGUGCUGAUUGGUCAAUUUCUAUAUCGUUUUAGGGUAAAAAAAAUCAUGUAUUUGCCGGAUACGGACUUUGCUCGGUCGAGUACUGUCUGCAAGUCCCUUUACCGUUACCCUUCGUUGCGAAACGCAUGUUUCAUUGCAUGUGAAGAGAUUAUAUUCCUUCUGUGAUGGAUCUAGUGCUUUCCUUCGCCGAUCAACACUUGUUGACUCCCUUCAUCUACCCGAAAUCAUGGCCGGAGAAUGACAUCUACCGUCAGGCACUCAGUCUUCUUCUGAUCGCAAACGUCGGAGGUGCCCUUCUAUACCUCGGUCUCGCAACCUUCAGCUACUACGCCAUCUUUGACAAGCGACUGAUGAAUCACCCACAGAUUUUAAAGAACCAAAUCUACCUUGAAAUUAUGGUAGCUUUGAAAAGCAUCCCGUUCAUGAGUUUGCCUACAGUUGCGAUAUUUCUGUGUGAAGUUCGCGGGUAUAGUCGACUCUACGAUGCAGAUCUAGAGGCAGGAAUAGCAGGUAUCUUGUGGGAUAUUGGCAAGAGCGCGGCUGGGUUCCUAUUGUUCACAGACUCACUAAUUUACUGGAUACACCGCUGGCUGCACCACCGAUCAGUGUACAAGUACUUGCAUAAGACCCACCACAAAUGGAAAGUCCCAACCCCCUUUGCAAGCCAUGCUUUUCACCCAAUUGAUGGAUUCCUGCAGUCAGUUCCAUACCACAUCUACCCAUUUCUCUUCCCAUUGAAUAAGAUUGUGUACCUUGUGUUGUUCGUGGCUGUCAAUAUCUGGACAGUGUCAAUACAUGAUGGGAACUACAAUGUUCCCUGGUUUUUGCAGCCAGUCAUCAAUGGUGCCGCCCACCACACAGACCACCACACCUUCUUUGACUACAAUUAUGGCCAGUUCUUUACCAUGUGGGAUAGAAUUGGUGGGUCAUUCCGCACGCCAACCGCAUUUGAAAACAAAGCUCCUAUUGACGUUGUUCUUGGGAAAGCUAUAGAUGAUGAUAUCAAGAAAACGGAAUGAGUGGUUUCGAAUAGAGCUUAUUUUAAGUGUGACACACACCAUUGCCCUCAAGAGAAAAAGCUUAAGGGUGUUCAGAGGUUAGGUUGAUAGGGAAAUUUUGAAUUACAGUAGAUUUUUAUUAAGAAAAAGAGUUUUACUGCUGAAAUUGGUCAAGUGGACUAGGGACUCAUCCUGCUAUAUGUUGAUGACAUCAUUAGGUGACAUCAUCGGAUGACGUUUUCACAGCAGAAAAAAAAUGUUUAUUUGCCUUUCCUUUAAUUUUUUUUUUUCGAAGGAUUUUAAGUUCAGAGUAUUUAUUAUUCCUUUCUAAACAAACGUGAGCAUGGUUUUGGACAAAUAUUAAAAAAUCAAUUUUUUAGACUAAUUAAUGUGCAAGCCAAUGGGGUAUUUUGGUCAUAUGUUUUUCAUUUUGACCGGUAUGCCUUAUUCCAUGCCCAGGUUUAAUAAGAAAACGGUAAACAAUAUUUUCUUACAAAAAAUUGUCACAAUUUCAAAAAUUUAGGGUGCCAUUUUACCUUUUUUUGUGCGACCGGAAGUCGUUUUUAACGCAUGCACUGUGUCCCAGACUAUUUGGUGGAGCGGCUGCUUAGCCACCAAACUUAGUGCACAGCGCUCUUCACGCUGCCUUCAGACCAGUGACUUCUUGCUGCCAAAGCACAUCUUUUUCUUUUUUUGCUAUGCCCAGUUGGCGGCAUUUUAGCAUAUGAGGAUGAUAAAUUGUAGAAAAAAUAAUAACCCCUUAAAAAAAACGAGACAUCUUGUUGCAAAAGGGUGACAAAUGAAACAUUUUUGACCGGCGAAAAGUUUGUAAACAAAGGUGCGCUCCCCUUGAAAAGGCCGUUAUUUUCAAACCAGAAGCGAUUUUCCCGCCUAAAUUGCAAGCGCAUGUGUCAGCAUAGCAACCAAGGUCGCGUAACAACCUAAAUUCCGAACAGCCGUAAGUGGUUAGCCUAUUCUCAUUACCAGAAGGAUUCCAGCAUGAUCUUAUGCAUGCUAAAGCAUUUCUUUGUCAGAGCUGCUGAAUUUUGUGUAAAUCAAAUAGUACUUCCCUGUACCUUUAUUGGUUUAUGUCCUGAAACUUUCACAGGGGCUGCACUGUAGGCAUCAAGUAGCCAAAGAGACAUAAGGUUCUGAUUUUAUAAGCAGCAGGAAGGGCAGUGCAAAUGCCCCAGGGGGGGAGGGUACAAGCCCCAGAGGGGGAGGGUACGUGCCCCUGGGUCAGGGCCUCUAUCCAUGGGCCUUUCACUAAUUUAACAAAAUUAUUUAAACUUACAAAAAGGUUUGUUAAAUUAUAAAAUGGUUAAAAAGGAAGGUAAUAGGUAAUAUUUUAAGUUGAUACUUGCAUAUGGGUUAUGAAAUAUUUUUUUAACUACAAAAUAUAUGCAUACUCUUUAAUAAUUUGUUUGUUAUAACAUUUUUUUUUUAAUUUGACAUUCAGUUCCAAAAAUAAAUUUACAAAACCCA